GUAAGUAGGAAGGCCUCAGGAGGUGACCUGUUAGAAAGGGGACCUUGAGGCUGAGCUAGGGUGUUAGGUCUGGCACAGGCUGCCCAGGUCCUCUUCCUCCCACUCCCAGGCCCGUCCCAGCGCACUGGGACCUAGCAGAGUCCAAGCUUCUCGGGUUACCAGCCUCCUCCCUGCCCACCUGUCCUCAGGCCAACCUGGCCGGGGCAAAUGUUUGUGUUUCAGCACCACCCCUUCUCCCCCAACCUUGGUAGCAUCCAUCAGGUCAGGGGAAUCUGCCAAGCUCCUCACUGCAGAGCUCGGCAGGGAGGAGGCUGCAAGGAGGGCAGUCCUGCCGGGAUCAUGGCCCAUGACCAGGCCCCGGAGCUUCUGCACUGGCCCAAAGGCUCGAAGGGUGAAGAGAUAAAGAAGUGCAGCCGAGAAGGGACAUCACUGAGUAAAUACAACCAGCAAUACCACAAGCUGUUUAAGGACAUCCCCUUGGAGGAGGUGGUUCUCAAAGUGUGCUCCUGUGCCCUCCAGAGGGACCUCCUUCUCCAGGGCCGGCUCUACAUCUCCCCCAACUGGCUCUGCUUCCAUGCCAGCCUUUUUGGCAAGGAUAUCAAGGUGGUCAUUCCCGUGGUGUCUGUGCAAAUGAUCAAAAAACACAAGAUGGCACGGCUCCUUCCUAAUGGUCUGGCCAUCACCACCAACACCAGCCAGAAGUAUGUCUUUGUGUCACUGCUGUCCCGGGACAGUGUAUAUGACAUGCUGAGGAGGGUCUGCAAGCACCUACAGCCUUCCAGCAAGAAGAGUCUGAGUGUAAGAGAAUUUCCAGAGGAACCUAAGUGCCAGUCUCUGGAAGUCCUCAUCCCCGAGAUGAAAUGGAGAAAAGUAUGCCCUGCAUCUGGGUCUCUGUCCCUCCCAGCCAACAUCCCUUGUGUCCCUCGGGCAUCCAUGGACUCCUCGGACAGCUUCUUUCCCUCCAGGAAGCCUCCAGGGUCUGAGAAGGCUGUCUGUGAGGAGGAGAAGCUGGAGGAAGAGCCCAGGAGUGAAGGGGAACUGAGGCUCUGGGAUUACCUGCUCCUCAAGAUCAUCUUUGUGCUGAUCUGCUUCUUGGUCAUGUCCUCAUCCUAUCUGGCAUUCCGCAUCUCCCGGCUGGAACAGCAGUUAUGCUCCCUGAAUUGGGAUGGCCCAGUCCCUGGGCACAGGAUCGGAGACAAGGCUCUCUUCCGCCUGAGAAAAGGCCAGGCCCUUGCUGCAGCCUCAUCCCAUUGGUGCUGACUUCUCUACAGACAUCAGACCCUCCAGUGGCUAAGAGCAGAAGCACUUUGGGAGGACGCAGCUAGGACCCCAGCAAAGCAGACUGUGGCAUAUUGACGUCUUAUCCUAUUGGCAGCCUUCUAAAUUGGGCCAGAGUGGGCAAAGUGUUACUCAUAAGCUGUUCAUUAACUUGCUAAAUGCAGAAAGGGUGGCUUAGGCACCACUUUGGGAAAAUGUACACCCACUGCUCCUGGAUUCACUGUAGCAUGAAGGUGUGUUAUCUGGUGUAGGAUUUCUGAUGGAAGUUUUUUCUCUAUUGUUAGUUCCAAAUACCAGGCUAGUCUUAAUGGUAUGCUCUCGCCAGUACAUGACUACAUUUAAAAGAUUUAUUAAGCACUUUGUAUGGGUUCCUGGAUGUACACGUAUAUAGAUACUAGAAUACUAUAAUUUUCUGAGCACUUAGCUGGGUACCAAGCCCCAAACAAGGUGCUUUUUAUACUCAUUUGACUCUCAAUACAACAAUACAGUUUUCACACUUUACACUGUGGAAACUGAAACUAAUAGGCCAGAAAUUCAAUACAGACCUCUUCAGGGAGUUUACUGAGGAGACAAAAUAGAGGGAAUAGCUAUAUAACUGUCUAGACAUGUGAGCCCAGGACAAAUACAAAAGGGAGUGCAACAGAUGGACUCACUGGCAGAGGGGUGUGCAGCAUGUGUGGGCUUCAAAGAAUGAGUAAGAUUUGGAUCAGAGCAAAGAUGUGGGGAUGAUCCUCACAAAAUGUGUGUUCGGAGGGUAACAUUGGUAAAAGGAUAGAAGAAGAGGUGCAGAUGAAAUCUUGGGAGAAGCAGAAUUCCUUCUGAGGAAUGGAUACAUAAGUGGGCAGAAUCCUUCAGGAUCUCAGUGCCAGGAAAGGAGGGAGACUUGGUAUUUCAGGCAAUGAGGAGCCACUGGAGCUAUCAAAGCUUAGGAGCAAUGGAUAAAUUUAAUUGUGUAGGAAUAUUGGUUUGGCAAUGGAGAACAAGGUAGAUUAAAAGUCCAGGGGAAUAGUCUAGAUCAUGGUUUCUCAACCUCAGGCACUACUGACAUUUUUGGCUGCAUAAGUCUUUGUUAUGGGGGUUGUCCUGUGUAUUGUAGGAUGUUUAGCCACAUCCUGGGCCUCUGCCCACCUGAUGCCAGUAGCACCCCCACCCUUGGUUGUGACAACCAAAAAUGUCUCCAGACAUUGCCAAAUGUCUCCCGGGGGUCAAAACUGCCCCUGAUUGAGAAUCACUGUUCUAGAUGGCAGGAGAUUAGGGCUUGGACCUCAGAAUAUUGGCAGGUACUUUCCUAAGCAACUGCAUCAGUCUAUCGACUUUUAGAACAGCUGACAAAAAGAAAAAUGGUUUCCUUGCCACAGGAAAUUCAUCAUGCCAAGGAGCUUAAUGGCCUAGAGAAAAAGGCUUCAGAAUUAGAUCAUUCUGCAUAUUAGAAAUCUCUAGAGGGUACUCCAAAGCUAUAGAUAAUGUGCUCUAGACUCAUUAGCAAGAAAGUGGCUGAUAUCAGGAUUUCUCUCUCUCCUCCCCACCCCCACCCAAGUCAAUAGUCCCCUUUGAGUAAGGAAUGUCCAAUUUGUCAGGCAGACAAGGUCCUGAUCUGUAAUUUUGCUGGGUUUACAUGUACCUUUCUAAAAUUUUGUUUUUGGCAAUUGGUAGAGUGGAUGGAUAGAGCCUGAUCUGCCAAUGAAGAGCUAUGAUUUACCAAGAUGUAUUUUUGUCUAAAGUGAAGUACAGCCUGCUUGCCAGCUACUUAUUUUUGUAAAUAGUUUUCUUGGAAUACAGCCAUGCCCAUUUGUUUAUGUAUGGUCUCUGGCUGCUCUGGAGCUCCAAAGGCAGAGUUGAGUACAUAGUUACAACAGUAAUCAUAUGACCUAUAAACCUAUAAUAUUUACUAUCUGGUCCUUUAAGCAAAAGUUUGCUGGCCCCUGAUCUGAAGGAAAUGCCUGUGUUGUACAAAAUUGUAGACUCGGAAGCUCAUUCUCAUCCCAGAAUGAGAUUCUGGAGAUGACGGACUUUAUUUUUUCAUUCAAAUAAUUAUCAUUGAGUGCUUACUAUGGGCUAAGCACUGUGCUAAGUACUUGGGAUAUAUUAGUGUACAAAGCAGAUAAAGAUCUUUGCCUUCAUGGAGCUUAUAUAUUCUGGCAGGGGGAGGAGGAAGAUUAGCAAUAAGCAAUAAAAAUAAUAAAUUAUAUAUUAUGUUAGAAGGUGAUAAGUGCUAAGGGAAAAAGAAAAAAAUGUAGAGCAACAAAAGAGGGAUUAGAAAUCCUGACGGGGAAUUCCAACUAAUAGAGGGUGGUCAGGGAAGGUCUGCUUAAGAAGUUGAUAUUUACACAGAUUUAAAAGAAGUGAGAGAAUAAGCUUUGUGGGGCAUUCCAGGCAGAGUGAAUAACCAAAGCAGAAGGUCUAAGGUGAGAGGGUGCCUGGCUUGUUCAGGAAUAGCAAGAAUGCAGGUAGAGUUGAAGAGAGAGAACAAGGGGGCUCUGGACCAGGAAACGAAGUCAGAGGUGAUGCUGGGGUGGUGCUAGGUUGCGGGGGACCUGGAGAUCAUAUAAGACCACUGUAAAAAAUCUGGCUCUUAUUCAAAAUGAAACGGAAGCAGAGGAGUGAAUAAUAAGCUUUUGUUUUACACAUGUUAAAAGGACCACCCUUGGCCGCUAGGGAGAGAAAGGUGGGAGCAGGGAGAUCAGUUAGGAGGCUCUGUGGCGAGCCAGGAGAUAUGAUGGUGGCUCUGACUAGCAUGGCCGAAGUAGAGAUGGUAAAAUGGGCUGAUUCUGAAUAUAUUCUGAAAGUAAAAACAGCAGAAUUUCCUAUCAAAUUAGAGAUGGAGUAGAACAGAAAAGGAGUCAUAAAGGAUGAUUCCAUGUUUUUUGGCUUGAAAGGAUGAAUAGAAUUGCCAUCGACUGAGAAUGGAGAAAGCUGUGAGUGGUGGAGUUUUUGGAAGGAAGAUCAGAAAUGUAAUAUUGGACAUAAGUUUGAGAUGAGUUUUAGACAUCCAAGUGAGUAUGUCAAGUGGGCAAUAGGCUAUUUGGGUCUGGAGUUCAGGAGAGAAGUCUGGGAGAUAUAAAUUCAGGAACUGUCAAUAUAUGGAUGGUAUUUAAAAGCACGAGACUGGAUGAGAUCACCAAGGGACUGAGUGUCGACAGCGGAGAGGAUGGAGGACUGAGCCCUGUGGCACAUGGUCAGUGCCACAGAGAUCAGGAAGAAAUGGAGGAACCAGCAAAGGAAACCGAUGAGUGCCUGAUGAGGUAGGAGAAAAACCAGAAGAGUUUGGUGUUCUGGAAGCUAAUUACCACAUACCAAGGAGGAGACUGAAAAAUGCUGCUAAUAAAUCAAAUUUCUCUUA